GUCCAGCAUAAGCCUCGUUAUAACCUGCAAAGAUACAACAGUGGAGAGUCAAGUAAAGGCAUUGGGGGUAAAGGCAAGAGGGAGUUCUCUUCUCCCGUGGACACUUUCUGGGUGUAAAUCCCAUUGCUCCUAGUUAACAGGGAGUAGUUUAGGGAGAACCUGUCUCCCACUGUUGCUCUGUUGGAAUCCCAGUUGACCUAAGUGUGAUAUUCCUUUGUAUGAAUAUCAGAGCUUCAUGUAACAGUUCUGAAGAAACUGUCUCCUGUUAUUGCUGGGUUGCAAUCCCAGUUAACCCAAGCGCAUAUUGCUUUCUAUAACCAUCAGAGUUUCUUAAAUAAAAUAGUUCAGGGAGCACCUGUCUCCAAUUGCUGCUGGGUUGGAGUCCCAGUCGACAUUGGUGUAUGUUAAUUUACGUAAAAAUCAGAGAAUAGUUGUAACAGUUCAGGGAGCGCCUGUCUCCCAUGUUUAAAAAGUUAAUCUACAUAAAACAUACACUGUAGUAUCACUCCAAGAAAACUUAUCUCAUUUGCUUUCUGGGUUGGAAUCCCAUUUUAUAUAGUUUUAAUAGCAUGUUCCAUCUAUCGCACACUUAAGUAUCAGUCAGGGAAGCUCCUGUCUCCCUUGUUUGCUGGGUUGGAAUCCCAGUUUAUGUAGUUUUGAUAGUACGUUUUAUCUCCCAAUGACUAACGUAUCAGUGCAAUGAGCCCCUAUCUCCCUUGCAUGCUGGACUAGAAUCCCAUUUUAUUUAAUUUUAAUUACAGCAAGUUACAUCUAAUAUAGACUGAAGUAUCAGUCCAGGGACCUCCUGUCUCCCUUGCUUGCUGGGUUGGAAUCCCAGUUUAUCUAGUUUUAAUAGUACGUUUUAUAUAUUUUAUAGACAGAAGUAUCAGUCCAGGGAGCUCCUGUCUCCCUUGCUGGCUGGGUUGGAAUCCCAGUUUAUCUAGUUUUAAUAGUAAGUUUUAUUUAUCAUAGACAGAAGUAUCAGUCCAGGGAGCUCCUGUCUCCCUCGCUUGCUGGGUUGGAAUCCCAGUUUUUCUAGUUUUAAUAGUAAGUUUUAUCUAUCACAGACUGAAGUAUCAGUCCAGGGAGCUCCUGUCUCCCCUGCUUGCUGGGUUGGAAUCCCAGUUUAUCUAGUUUUAAUAGUAAGUUUUAUCUAUUAUUGACUGAAGUAUCAGUCCAGGGAGCUCCUGUCUCCCUUGCUUGCUGGGUUGGAAUCCCAGUUUAUCUAGUUUUAAUAGUAAGUUUCAUCUAUUAUUGACUGAAGUAUCAGUCCAGGGAGCUCCUGUCUCCCUUGCUUGCUGGGUUGGAAUCCCAGUUUAUCUAGUUUUAAUAGUAAGUUUCAUCUAUUAUUGACUGAAGUAUCAGUCCAGGGAGCUCCUGUCUCCCUUGCUUGCUGGGUUGGAAUCCCAGUUUAUCUAGUUUUAAUAGUAAGUUUCAUCUAUUAUUGACUGAAGUAUCAGUCCAGGGAGCUCCUGUCUCCCUUGCUUGCUGGGUUGGAAUCCCAGUUUAUCUAGUUUUAAUAGUAAGUUUCAUCUAUUAUUGACUGAAGUAUCAGUCCAGGGAGCUCCUGUCUCCCUUGCUUGCUGGGUUGGAAUCCCAGUUUAUCUAGUUUUAAUAGUAAGUUUCAUCUAUUAUUGACUGAAGUAUCAGUCCAGGGAGCUCCUGUCUCCCUUGCUUGCUGGGUUGGAAUCCCAGUUUAUCUAGUUUUAAUAGUAAGUUUCAUCUAUUAUUGACUGAAGUAUCAGUCCAGGGAGCUCCUGUCUCCCUUGCUUGCUGGGUUGGAAUCCCAGUUUAUCUAGUUUUAAUAGUAAGUUUCAUCUAUUAUUGACUGAAGUAUCAGUCCAGGGAGCUCCUGUCUCCCUUGCUUGCUGGGUUGGAAUCCCAGUUUAUCUAGUUUUAAUAGUAAGUUUCAUCUAUUAUUGACUGAAGUAUCAGUCCAGGGAGCUCCUGUCUCCCUUGCUUGCUGGGUUGGAAUCCCAGUUUAUCUAGUUUUAAUAGUAAGUUUCAUCUAUUAUUGACUGAAGUAUCAGUCCAGGGAGCUCCUGUCUCCCUUGCUUGCUGGGUUGGAAUCCCAGUUUAUCUAGUUUUAAUAGUAAGUUUCAUCUAUUAUUGACUGAAGUAUCAGUCCAGGGAGCUCCUGUCUCCCUUGCUUGCUGGGUUGGAAUCCCAGUUUAUCUAGUUUUAAUAGUAAGUUUCAUCUAUUAUUGACUGAAGUAUCAGUCCAGGGAGCUCCUGUCUCCCUUGCUUGCUGGGUUGGAAUCCCAGUUUAUCUAGUUUUAAUAGUAAGUUUCAUCUAUUAUUGACUGAAGUAUCAGUCCAGGGAGCUCCUGUCUCCCUUGCUUGCUGGGUUGGAAUCCCAGUUUAUCUAGUUUUAAUAGUAAGUUUCAUCUAUUAUUGACUGAAGUAUCAGUCCAGGGAGCUCCUGUCUCCCUUGCUUGCUGGGUUGGAAUCCCAGUUUAUCUAGUUUUAAUAGUAAGUUUCAUCUAUUAUUGACUGAAGUAUCAGUCCAGGGAGCUCCUGUCUCCCUUGCUUGCUGGGUUGGAAUCCCAGUUUAUCUAGUUUUAAUAGUAAGUUUCAUCUAUUAUUGA